CCAAAUUCUAGAUUUGUAAAUUCCUAUUCUAAUAUCUGACAACCAUAAACUAAUCUAUAUUGAUCACUUUCAACUUCUAAAAACAGCAACACGACUUAAAUGAAAUGUCAAAAAUAUCUCUCCAAUUUUCAUGAGAAGCAAUCCUUUUCUAGGUCUGUUUCCAAAUAUAAAAUAAACCGAAGACAAAUAUAAAAGAAGAAAAUGGACUUCUUUUCAGUAUAGCCGUGUCUUAAAUGAUGAUUAUACUGUGAAAAGUGAGAAUGUUCAGCGCGCAAUUAUUGGGAAAAGUUACAGUGUCUCAUUUAGACCUAACUCUUAUUUUAUUGGAGCAGAUUAAAAUUCAAAAGACAUUUACAAACAGGGAGCACUUUAUAUCUAGAAUGGAAAAAGAAAAUGUGAAUAUUGGACACAUUUCCAUGGAAACAGAACGUCAACACACCAUGGUGACAAGCUCUAACACUCCUUACACAGAGAUACACCAAACUGAGUACAACAAGACUUGUAGCCUCCAGUAAAGUCCUUCAUAGUGCAAUCCCAACACAUAACUGUGACAUCAUUAUGACACUGCCCGCAAAAACUGAUGAUGUCAUACUCAUGUGGUUGCUGGCUCGUCUAAGGUCAAGGUCACCACAGAUACAUGUACAUGUAAGACAUUGGAAGAACACUGGAAUGUAUGCCUUCUACAUGACUGCAAAUUAUGAGAAUUUGUUGCAUGGUGCUGAGGUACUAGGUAUCAGAAAGGUGCUAAAGUCUGAGUUUGGAGGUGGCAAGCGCGAGUUUAUGUUUGAGGACCAGCUCUGUUACCAUGGUAUCGAAGACGAGGAUUCGUUCCUAACGAGCGAGGAGAGACAGAGCAUUGUUUAUCAUUACCUGCUAAAUCUACGUGCCUGUCCAGGUGAAACUCUUGGAAAAGUGAAAUUCUUAGAGGGUCAAGCUAUAGUGCCUUUAUUGGAGUCUAAGAAGAUAGUAUCGCAGGUGUUUCCCCUGCAUGAGACGGCAGUGCUAGAUAAGCUCACGAAGACAUGGGUUCAGUCUGUAUUCAAUUUUCAGCCUCUUGAUAAGAUUUGUGAGUAUUUUAGUGUGAAAGUUUCCAUGUAUUUCGCCUAUCUUGGUCAUUACACAUUGGCAUUGACAGCUCCAACUCUUCUUGGUAUCAUCUUCUGGUUUAUACAGUCAAAUAAUCAGUUGAUGGAAGACGUGUGUUUUGUGACAUUUGCAUUAUUCAACGUUUUUUGGGCGUCAGUAUACACAGAGCAAUGGAGACGAAGAAGCGCUGCUCUAGCAUAUAAAUGGGGAACCCUAGACAAGAAAAAUGAACUCUUACAGGACCCUCGUCCACUUUAUACGGGUUAUCUUGUCACUAGCCCAGUAACUGGCCGUCAGGAACCACACUACCCAUCAUGGAAACGCCAUCUUUUUCGCUACUGUGUCACGGUUCCUGUGAUACUGUUCUGUCUGAACAUUGUUUUUUGUGUCAUGUUGCUCAUUUUUGAGCUCCAGGAGUGGGUGAACGGUCUUGUUAAAAGUGAAGAUAUUCCAGCAUUUUGUCAGUUCUUGCCGAAAAUUCUUCUAGCUGUUUGUAUCGGAAUUCUAGAUGAAAUAUAUAAAAAGAUUGCGACCUGGCUUAAUGAUAGAGAAAAUUACAGGAUGGAUGAAGCAUAUGAAAAUAACUUGAUCAUCAAAUUAGUUUUGUUUCAGUUUGUGAACUCAUUCCUGUCGUUAUUCUACAUAGCAUUCUAUCUACAAGAUAUGGACCGACUUCGCGAUCAACUGGCAACAUUAAUGAUCACGCGUCAAGUGAUCGGAAACAUACGUGAAGCACUCGUACCAUAUGUGUUGUGGAAGAUGAAAUUGAUGAAAGUUGGAUAUAAUAUAACUGGUCACAUGUCUCCAGAUACACUGAAGAAAGAAAUAAAAGGUUUAGGUUUAAGCGGGUCAUGUGAUUCUGAUAAUGAAAACAAUGAGGAAACUGACAAUAUAUCCACUGGUUUGACACCAGAUGGCGCUCCAGAUGUUUCUGAGGAACCGGUUUGCACCAGACAAGUGUUUUCAGAGGAAUGCUCAUCAAAAGACUGUUCCUCACCAGAGAAAGUUCCGGUGGAUCAAAAUUCUGAACUUACACUUACACAGGCAGAAAUAGAGAGCACAAUGAAAAAGUAUGAGGACACAUUUGACGAUUAUUUGGAAAUGUUUAUACAGUAUGGAUAUGUGAUAUUGUUUUCAUCUGCUUUUCCAUUGGCUGCACUCUUUGCCUUACUAAACAACGUUAUUGAGAUACGCAGUGAUGCUUUCAAACUUUGCAUCUACCAUCAACGACCUUUCGGAAAAAGAGUUCGCAACAUUGGCAUCUGGCAGGAUGCAUUGAGAGUAAUGGGUCUGAUAGCUGUAGUUGUAAACAGUGCUCUGAUUGGUGUAUCUGGGCAGAUGACCCGAAUGACCCCUGACCUUGACACAACCUCAAGAAUUUUUGUAAUUCUAGCCCUUGAGCAUGUUAUACUGGUAUUGAAAAUGUUAUUUACCUAUGCAAUACCAAGUCAACCACAGUGGAUAUCACAGGAAGUUGCUAGACUAGAGUUUCAGAGGAGGGAGGCUUUAAAAAGUGUAGAGUCGCAUUUAUCAUCACCAGAUGUCCGAGUUGGCCAUUCGCCAACAAAAGUUUCGAGUCCUAUAUGCAAUCCAGCCCGAGGAUUUUCUACUCCGAGUAUUCCUGCCAGGCAUCACUCGUCCGAUCUGACAUUAUUAUCUCAGGAACCAUGCCUUUCCCUCCAAAAUAAACAAUCUCUAACUCAAACGCAAUCUCUACUCACUGGAGCAGAUAAUCUCGAUACCAAAAAAUAUUCGACAGUCACUGCCUUAAAACCUGAACAGUUAUCCCUUUUUUCUCAAAAUCCAUCGUCCAUUUCUGUGCCUUCAGACUCAAAUACUGACAGUUUAUCUGCAGUGGUAAAUACCUCAUCCAAACAAGUGCAAUCAUUUAUGUCUCUCCAAAAAUCCGAGAACCAGACUAGUACACAGGUGUAUGAUAAGUCUGGUUCCCGGAAUGUGUUACGGACUACAAUUCCUGUAUUAGAGAUGAAGGAAAACAUAACAGUAAUCAGGCCGUGGGAUGGAUACAGUCUCACAGAGCAGGAAGCCAGGAUGCAAACUAGACAACGUAUUUUACAGAGUGCUAAACUUAGACAGGAAGAAGAGGCUAAAUUGAUUCAAAGAAAAUCUGCCAGCAAUUUGUGAAAUUAUUUAUUAUUCUUUAAUAUUGUACAAUUUGCAGCUUCUUUAUUCAUACAAAGAAAAUUACUUGAAUAUUUCUUGCACAGUGUGCCAUUAUUUACAUAUUUAUAUUUUAUCAUGUUUAGCAUGAAAUGCAA